AUGUCGACCGCCUUCCGAUCUCUUGCGCCUUUCCUGCGCACCGCCCGCCACGGCCUCAAGGCGGCUCCCAUCAACCCCCUCCAGUCCGCCCUCAAGAAGCAGAAUGCCUCUGGCGUCCUCAACCUCUACCGCACAUACGCCGUCUUUGAGCGAUCAAAGCCCCAUGUGAACAUUGGUACCAUUGGUCACGUCGAUCACGGAAAGACCACCCUCUCCGCUGCCAUCACCAAGCGACAGGCCGAGAAGGGCCUCGCCAACUUCCUCGAGUAUGGUGCCAUUGACAAGGCUCCCGAGGAGCGAAAGCGUGGUAUCACCAUCUCCACUGCUCACAUCGAGUACUCUACCGACAACCGCCACUACUCCCACGUCGACUGCCCUGGUCACGCCGAUUACAUCAAGAACAUGAUUACUGGUGCUGCCAACAUGGAUGGUGCUAUUAUUGUCGUCGCCGCCUCUGACGGUCAGAUGCCCCAGACCCGUGAGCACUUGCUGCUUGCCCGUCAGGUCGGUGUCCAGAAGAUUGUCGUCUUCGUCAACAAGGUCGAUGCCAUUGACGACCCUGAGAUGCUUGAGCUCGUCGAGAUGGAGAUGCGUGAGCUCCUCAACACCUACGGCUUCGAGGGUGACGAGACCCCUGUCAUCAUGGGCUCUGCUCUCAUGUCCCUCCAGAACCAGCGCCCCGAGAUCGGUAGCCAGAAGAUUGACGAGCUCCUUGCCGCCGUUGACGAGUGGAUCCCUACCCCCGAGCGUGACCUUGACAAGCCCUUCCUCAUGUCCGUUGAGGAUGUCUUCUCCAUUGCCGGCCGUGGUACCGUCGUCUCUGGCCGUGUCGAGCGUGGUGUCCUGAAGCGCGACCAGGAGAUUGAGCUCGUCGGCAAGGGUAACGAGGUCAUCAAGACCAAGGUCACCGACAUUGAGACCUUCAAGAAGUCUUGCGAGCAGUCCCAGGCUGGUGACAACUCUGGUCUCCUCAUCCGAGGAGUCCGCCGUGAGGAUGUCCGCCGUGGUAUGGUCGUCUGCGCCCCCGGCACUGUCAAGUCCCACACUCAGUUCCUUUCUUCCCUCUACGUCCUCACCAAGGAGGAGGGUGGCCGACACACUGGCUUCCAGGAGCACUACCGACCCCAGCUCUACCUCCGAACUGCUGAUGAGUCCAUCGACCUGACCUUCCCCGAGGGUACCGAGGACGCCAGCAGCAAGAUGGUCAUGCCCGGUGACAACACCGAGAUGGUCAUCACCAUGGGCCACCCCAACGCCAUUGAGGUCGGUCAGCGAUUCAACAUCCGUGAGGGUGGCCGAACCGUCGCUACCGGUCUUUGCACCCGUAUUCUCAAGUAA